AUGGAAGACAACACGACGACCGAGAUUGCCACGGCGACUGAAGCUGCCACCACUACCGCCGCGACGACUGCAACGGAGGCUACAUCGGCUAUACCUUUCAUCAGCAAUGCUGGAUUCGACGAUGACGAUUCAUCUGUCGCACCUUGGGAACUCUACUACGUUAGCGAGUUUGACGUAUCCAUCGCCUCUGAUGUCAAGCAUGACGGACGCAAUUCUGCUCUCAUGGCAAAAAGCCUAGGGGGGACACAACUCAUAGAUUACAUCAGACAGCCGCUCCAGGGCUCCAUCACUGCUGGUGUCACCUAUACCAUGUCCGCCUGGGCUCAUAUGCUCAUAUCAAAGCAACGCUUGGACGGAUGCCACGCCCAUUGA